AUGACUAACCAGUACGCCAUGACCUACGGCAAGCCAACUCCUCUGACCUGGUUGAUUACUGGGUGCUCCUCAGGCCUAGGCCUCGAGCUCACUCGCAUAGUUCAAGCUCAUGGGGACUACAUGAUUGCCACAUCACGCAAUCCCUCUCGAACACCUGACCUUGUGGAAGAAGUCAAGAGUCACGGCGGGCAAUGGCACGCACUGGAUGUGGACGAUCCAACUGCACCUAUGUCACUACUGGGAACCCUUGAAGCCACCGGACACCAUGUCGAUGUUUUGGUCAAUAAUGCCGGUGUAAUCACCUUCGGUGUGUUGGAGCAACUCGUCGACCAGGACUUGCGCGGUCAAAUGGAAACGCUGUACUUUGGCCCCCAACGGCUUAUCCGUUCUGUGCUUCCGAGCAUGCGACAACGUCGAUUUGGAGUUAUUGUGAAUAUCAGCUCGGGGGCUUCAUUGGACGGGAAUGCUAGCAUGGGCGCCUAUGCUGCAGCAAAGGCUGCACUGGAUGCCUCGACACGAGUUUUGGCCAAAGAGGUUUCUUCUUUCAAUAUCCGUCCUUUGACUGUAUGGCUAGGUACCUUCAACACGAACAUAGGGAAUGUCUCGAAGGUUGUGCAGAGCCCUCUACCUGGGGAUUAUCGGGGCUCAGCUGCCGACCAAUUGAUGGAGGGUAUUAUGAGUGGGAAGUUCAUUGGGAAUGGCGACAAGGAGAAGGCAGCAAAGGCAAUCUACGAGAUUGUUGUAGGGCAGGGUGCCGGUAAUGGGCAUGAGGCUGAGCAGUUCCUACCCUUGGGCCGUGAUAUGAUCCCGCGGGUUGGACUGGUUCGUGAUCAGUACUCGCAUGCCUUGGAGGUGUUUGGGGAUGUCAGCGGUAGUGUUCACUUGGAUUCUAAAUAG